AUGGUCGCCCCUCAAGGGAUUGUGCUCCCUGCAGAAGGAGGAAGAUUCGCCUCGAACGAGUUGGUUUUCCGUGACGAGACUCGAAACACCGUGCAAAAGGUAUUGGCCCGUCGAACGGCCAGUUGGCUGCCCUCCACACCCCAAUUCAGUCCCGAUACAUCGUCUCGGAAUGCAUUCCUCUCCCUUUACAUCGACACCUACUCAUGUGGAUUCUACACCUUGCAGUCCCUGCUGACGGAUUCAGCUCCUAAUGGGCAUCUACAAGUCUCUGUUGACGCUGUCAGUUUGGCCUUCAUGGCAUACCAACUGAAUCGUCAAGACUUGGUACUUCUUGCAAACCAACGUUACUUGGCAGCCAUACGAAGCCUUGGAAUUGUGAUGCGGUCCUCGCUGCAAGCAAAUAAUGCAGCCAACCAAUCACUCACCGACGAAACCCUUCAAUCCGUACUCCUCCUAGAUCUUUACGAGAAGAUGGCUUAUCAGCCUCACCCAGUAUCAGAGUUCCCAGGCUCUUGGUUAAGCCAUGUCCAGGGUGCGCUUUCUAUAGUCCGGUCUCGCCCAACAGCCGGGUUCUCAAAUCCGACGACUCAACAACUCGCCACCCGGACCGUUAUUGCCCUCACACUAAGCUGCGGUGCUGCAGGAAUACCCAUACCAGAAGCAUUGAUAGGGCUCUACAAUGAUCUAGACAGCUACGUACGGAGUGCCAAGUGGACCUUUAUCGGCCUCUUAAUCAGUCUUAUCAACCUUCGUGCCGACAUGAAUAACGGCAAAUUAGAUUCGAGCGAUAUUGUGCAGCGUGCACGAGACUUGUAUGAGGAGCUCUCUCAUGCCGAAGGAAAAAUACCGCGCUCCUGGUGGCCACAGCGGAGAGAUACAAGUGAAGCCGUUGUCUUUGGCCGAUACUACGACGUGUAUCCCGGCCACUACGCGACUCAGGUCUUCAACGCAUACCGUAUCAUGCGUCUUGAUGUCUGCAGCAUCAUUCAGAAGUUUGACCCCAGCUCUGAAGUUGCUGAGACCAUCACAGAAGUAGCUCAAGCCAUCUGCGCCGCUGUGCCUCAAUUCAUUCUUCCACGUGCCAGGUCUCAGAAUACACUUCCCUUUUCACCAUUGCAGAUAUUGGAGUGCUCAGGUGUAUUGACUCCAUUGUAUGCAGCUUCACAAAAUACUCAAGAUCCUGUAAUGCGCGCUUGGAUACUGCAGACUUUGGUGUAUAUGGCCGAUAAUGGUAUUAAGUUGGCCCGAAGCGUGGCCCAGGUUAUUAUGUUCUUACCAAAUAUGGACUACUGGGCUGUCUUCAGAAUGGUUGGUAACUGUGCCAUUACGGCAUAA